CGGGACUGCGGGGACGCGAGCGGACGCCGGGCGCCCAGUGAGCGCCGAGAGCCAGCACCGAGCCCGGGCCCCGCACUGACUCUCCUCGCCCCGGCGGUCGGCAGUCGUGCCGGCAGCCCAGCGGCGACUCGCCACCGUCCGGGCCGCGCCUCACAGCACGUGCCGCCCGCUCCGUCAGCCGCCGCCGCGAUGAGCGAGCUUAACACCAAAACAUCCCCAGCAACCAACCAGGCACCCGGCCCAGAGGAAAAGGGAAAGGCCGGCCCUGCCAAGAAGGCCGAGGAGGAGGAGGAAAUUGACAUCGACCUGACAGCCCCGGAGACAGAGAAGGCCGCCCUGGCCAUUCAGGGCAAGUUCCGGAGGUUCCAAAAGAGGAAAAAGGACCCCAGCUCAUGAAGCAGCAGCCUUGCCCUCACCCUGCUCCCUCUGUCCCCACUCCACUGCUCUGACUCCCACACCCCUGUGUCUCUCUGUCCCAUUAGCCUUUUGUGCAGGCGAAUUUGACCCUUGUAUGUUAUUUUCUGUGGCCCCCUCACGCCAUCAUGGCAGGAGAGGCACCAGGGACAGAGGGAGGGUGAAGACUCUAGUUGGCAGCUCCUUGUCUGAGGGUAGACUGGCUUCUGCUCAGGACAAGCCUCCUUGACCAGUACCUGUGCUGUCCGUGAGGUGCAAGUGGAAGAGGCUUUGAGGCUGACAGGGUCGGAGGGACCCCUGAAUGGGGGAGGGUGAAUAAAGGCUUCCAAGUAGGGUGCCCGAGGGUGGGACCUGUGCACCGGUCUGCCUGUCGUCACAACAGUCUCACUUCAGUUCCCCUCACACCCUCUUCACCACCCCGCCCUCCAUGCUGCACCACAGUGGGGACUGGAGCCCUCUGUCCCCGUGCAGACCUGGGUCCAGCACCUCCCACAGUAGCUUGUGCCGAGUUCCACAGAAGGCAGUAGGACUGGGAGAGGCCAGGGAUGGCCCUUCACCUCAGGGCUGGGACCCGGGGGGCCAAGGCAAGGACAUGGGGACUCAGGAAGAUUUGGGAGGAAAAGGGGUGAGGGGAUGAAAGUUCGCUGUGUGGAAGAUCCGACGGGCAUCGCUGACCUGCCUCCUCCAACCCCCACGUCUGGCCCUACACAGACCAAGUGACCUGUGGCCCCCACCUGCCCCACCGUGCAGUCCAGACCGAAGUGGAACAGCCACUCUGUGUGAUUUUAGCAUGUUUCAUAAUUAUAUUAAAACAUUUUUAAAACCCUCAA